CUAGUUUUUCGCUGUUACAGGUAUAACUCAGGUCUAACAACAAUGUCAGGCAUUCACGGGAGUCAUGAUUCAUGUCCUUUGGUAAAGAACAUUCUUCUUCUAGACUCUGAAGGGAAGCGUGUAGCUGUCAAGUAUUACUCGGAUGACUGGUCAACUAAUGCUGCCAAGUUAAGUUUUGAAAAAUAUGUAUUCUCGAAGACCUCUAAGACCAAUGCUCGCACAGAAGCUGAGAUCACACUGUUGGACAGUAAUAUUAUUGUCUACAAGUUCGCCCAGGACCUUCACUUCUUUGUUACUGGAGGCGAAAAUGAAAACGAGCUCGUCUUAUCUUCUGUUCUUCAAGGCUUCUUCGAUGCUGUUGCACUUCUUCUAAGGAACAAUGUGGAGAAGAUGGAAGCCCUUGAGAACUUGGAUCUCAUCUUUCUGUGCCUCGAUGAAAUGGUUGAUCAGGGGGUGGUUCUUGAGACAGAUCCGAACGUCAUAGCGGGGAAAGUAGCAAUGCAGAGCACAGAAGCUAGUGGCUCACUCUCUGAACAGACAUUAACUCAGGCUUUGGCAACAGCUCGCGAACAUCUGGCAAGAAGUCUGCUUACAUGA